UGUUUUUUUGGUGCUGUUUUUGAAGAACGAUUCUAAAUAUAGCGUGAAUAAAUUGAAUGGCUUAUUUGCAAGGGUCGCUUCAGCGUAGGUUUGCCUUCGAGGUGUUCGUGAUUGGCCAAAGGCUAGUCAUGUGAUCAAAUCCCUUCCGAACUUUAUGUUGUGCUCAAGACGCUGGUUUGUCAUCUCCGUUGUGUUUUUAUAUCAGGUCUUGCCGUUCAAGGGAAAAACACUGCCAUCUUAGAGCUUUAUCAGGAUUGGAGAUAUCCAUCCGUGAGCCGCAGUAGGCUUGGGAACAUUCGAAGUUCGCUAUAUUUUUUCCGAAGAACUCGAGCGCUUCCACUCAACUGCAAUGUGAUGCUCAGUCAUACAUCUAAUGGAUGCUGGUGAUUCAGAAACCUCAGGUAGCAGAGCAGUCACAGGAAAAACACCUGUUAUGCCAAUACCUAGUCAGUACUUGAAGCAAUAUUAUGCACAAGCUAUGGGUGAUAAUUACUCUCCUCCUCAGGAAGGCCCUAACAUGCCAUAUAUCUUAACACCUGCACAACAGCAGCUUGCAGGAAUUUUACAGUUUAAACAACAGCAGCAGCAGCUUGAGCAACUGCAUGGAGUGCACCAGCCACAAUAUUUACAACAACAGUUACUAUACAUACAGCAGCAACAUUUGCUACAGCAGCAACAACAACAGCAACAGCAGCAUGAACUCAACUACAGAUUAGAGAUGCAACAGCAGGCUUUGAAUGGCCAUCACCACAAACAAAAGAAAUUUGAGAGAGACCACAACAAUCAGUCCUCCAUGGAGCAUGACAAGCCAAUACCUCCUAAACCAAAGAUUAAGGUUGAACCAGAAGAUGAACCAGCCCAGAAAGAGGAGGAGGUACUGAUGGACCAGGAUGAAGAUGCAGGGAACAGAAUGUCAAAAGAAGACCAUAACAAAUCCUUAUCACAGCCCAAACCACCCCACCUACCACCUGCGACCUCAUCAGCUGCCUCACCAUCUUCAGCAUCAUCCCAAACAGCACAAGAAUUGACAUCCAGUGCAGUCAAGAAAAAGUUGCAAACUUUUGUAUUAAAUAAGCAACAGAGAGAGUUAGCAGUAGCAUCCCUUACCAAUGACUCUGCCUUCAAACACUGGAGUCAAAACAUGGACAAGGAAGGUGACGAUCUUGGUCCUCUGGGAUCUCAUCUUGAUGCAAACCAUUUUCCUUUGAGAAAAACAGCUUCUGAGCCAAACCUGAAAGUCAAGUCUCGCCUGAAGGCUAAAGUGGCCGAACACAGGACGAUAGGCAGCCCUCUACUACACAGGCCACAUAGAAAUGGAAAUAAGUUGCACAGAAGUAUGACGUUGGAGACAACAGGAAAUGAAAAUGCAGAUCGUUCUAAUCCAGGUUCUCCUACUCAAUCAGUGUCAGCUUCUCCAGGAAGAGAGCGUUCUUCUCCAUUGGGAGCACCUGGAUCUACCUUUGGGCACAGUCUUCCUAACCUCCAAGCUAUUCCACGACUAUCAGCCAAUAUAGACCGUUCACAUAUCAGUAAACUCUUGGCCAAUCGAUAUCAUUUCCUCAAUCACGCAAGUCUUGCAAGUCAAGGCAUCAGUAAUGACGCUGAAUUUCAAAGUCCGUAUGCUAAUGACGCGCUGUACGACAGCAUGGAAGAAGAUGAUGAUAGUAGUCUUAACGCUGCUGCUUUGAAACAAGUCCAGUUCAAAAAUCUUGCACUGGCAAAGGCUCAGAGUAAAAUGCUGGGGCUAUCUGGUGGCCAUGUACACAAUUCGAACUCACUUCUCAGCCGUGGACAGCACCCCUCGUUAACGGGAAGGGGAUCACCACCAUCUCAAAACAACCUUCUUUCCAUUCCUAAAUCAACUCUGUCACCAACUUCACAAGCAUCGUCUCUGCAUCACCGUCCUCUUAGGCUCACUCUUUCAGCACCUGGGUACUCCAUAUCGAACAAUCCCCAGCUUCAGCAGCAGCAGAUAUUAAAACAAAAUCAAGAGCUUCUGCAACAACAACAGCACUUACAGUUCUUACAGCAACAGAGGCUCCAGCAAAGUCAAUCGCUCUACCUAAAACAGCUACAGCAAGAUCUUCUGAUGCAGCAGCUAGGUAAGCAGAACUUUCCUAAAGUUCCACAGCCAGAAAAAGAACCCCGUGGUACCUUGAAGGAUCACUUAGAAAUGCUACAGUUCCAGAAAGAACAGGAACAAGCGGUUCUAAAAGAAAAGGCUUACCAGCAGCACAAGAAAGAACAACAGCUAGCACAAGCAGCAAGAACCACUGAAGACCUUCCAACAUCAAGACCCUUGAAUGAGCAACAGAUUCAAGAGCUUUUGUUAGUACAGCAGUUUCAGCGGCAAGACCCUCACCAGAGAGGAAUGCUGCAGCAACAGCUACUUCAACAUCAGCAGCUUCUACAGCUGCGUCAAGCUGAAGUACAGGCUGCACCAUCCGCUGCUUCUGCCUCUCCUAGUGCUUCUAUAGGACACAGACCCUUGGCUAGAGCUAUUUCUCUACCUGCAGUCGGAAGCGGCCAGGCAGCAACACCGACUACCCGUACGGGAAUAGUAUAUGACACACUUAUGCUAAAGCAUCAAUGCUCUUGUGGUGAUACCAGCUCUCAUCCAGAACACCCCGGCCGUUUACAGAGCAUUUGGGCACGUCUUCAAGAGACUGGUGUAACAAACAUAUGCGAACGUGUACGACCCAGGAAGGCAACACUUGCAGAGAUCCUUACCGUCCACAGUGAACAACAUACCAUGCUGUAUGGUGGCAGUACUCAGUGUAGAACCAAAGCAGAAGACGGGACCAUAACCACCCUCAAGUGUUUCAAUACCUUACCCUGUGGAGGGAUGGGGGUUGACGGUGAUACUAUUUGGAACGAGAUACAUAGUGCUAAUGCUGCUAGGAUGGCAGUGGGUUGUGUUGUAGAGUUAGCCUACAAGGUUGCAGAAAAAGAACUAAAGAAUGGUAUGGCAAUUGUCCGUCCACCUGGUCAUCACGCUGAAGCUCAUCAAGCUAUGGGUUUCUGUUACUUCAACAAUGUCGCUAUUGCUGCUAGACUUCUGCGACUCAAGAUGUCAGUAGAACGAGUCUUAAUCGUUGACUGGGAUAUUCACCAUGGUAACGGUACACAGCAGAUGUUCUAUGAUGAUCCCCAUGUCUUGUACAUUUCCUUACAUCGUCAUGACGACGAGACAUUCUUUCCUGGUACUGGGAAGUCAGAAGAGUGUGGAGCUGGUAUUGGUGUUGGAUAUAAUGUCAAUAUUGCAUGGAAUGGUGGAUUAGAUCCACUAUACGGUGAUGCAGAGUAUUUGGCAGCCUUUAGAUCAGUAGUCAUGCCCAUUGCCAGGGAGUUUGAUCCUGAGAUCAUUCUAGUAUCAGCUGGUUUUGAUGCUGCUACUGGUCACUCACCUCAGCUUGGAGGUUACAAAGUAACUGCUGCAUGUUUUGCGCAGUUAACUAAACAGCUGAUGGAACUAGCUCAGGGUCGACUCGUUAUGGCUCUAGAGGGUGGUUACAGUUUACCAUCCCUAUGUGAUGCCGCAGAAGCCUGUCUAAGGGGAUUGUUAAGUCAAGAGCUGCCAGAAGUACCGAAGGAAAGCCUGACGAGACCGCCUAACCCUAACGCUGUGGCUGUACUUGAGAAGACUAUUGCCAUUCAAAGUCGGUAUUGGAAUUCAGUCAAGAGAACUGGCUCUCUAAUAAACCAUUCAGUGGUCGAAGCUCAGCAGAGGGAGAAGGAGGAAUUAGAAACUGUAUCCGCCUUGGCAUCAUUAUCCAUGGCGCCGGGUGUGGUUCAAGAUUCAGAUAAAGCCACUGACGACCAAAUGGAGGUACAGGACGAAAGCUGAGUCAACCAACGCCACCCUCCCCUCCCAUAGAGCACCUUAACGUUACUAUAAUAACAAUCGGUAGUGUAUAUAAUACUAUACUCAGUGUGGCAAGACCAAGUCAUUGUCAGCUGUAUUGUCUUUUAUAAGGGUUCACUUUCCCAUCUAAAAUAAUUUGAUGUAGAUAUGACAAUGGUAUACAAUUAUAGUCUUUUAGCGUGUCAGACCAGACGUUAAAUUAUGCUCGUGGUACGUCGAGGAGCAGCCUGACACGACACAGGGAGCCCAAACUUGGCUUUCGUGCUGUCUGUUGUAUAUUAUAGUAUAUUUGUGACCAAAUCGCCUUAAUCGUGCUCUUGCUCUUGUGUCUUUCUAAUACCAACAACUUUUCUCAUUAAGACUUCCAGUAACACUACCACAUGAACCACAUUGCCUUUUAAAAAGACUGAACUGAACGACUAAAGUAGGGAUGUCGAUAAUUUCAUUCAAAAUUCACAUUCUGUAAUUUAACAGCACGACAACCGUGGUUGGGCUGCCUGUGGAAACUCACAAUACUGUGGGUCAACAUGUUCGUCUGUCUGUCUGUGUACAUUGUAUUUAGUGAAAUCUGAAACCAUAACCAAAGCCACCGAUGAAAGCACUGACCUAGAACCUUGGAAAUACUCUGUCAUGCAUUGAUCCAUGAUAACCGUCAUUUAACCAUCUAUUUAUCAUCUAUGUAUGUAUCUAAUGUAUUUGAAAUCGUUGUGAGGCUGAUAGACUAGAUGUGUGUAUCUGACGAAAGUACGGUAACAUGACUUUUGGAUUGUGUGCACAGUAAUGACCCAACAAAAAACUAGACUCAAAGCAUGCACUGCUUGAAAUCAAAAUCCUUACAGUGCGUUUCCUUUGGAUGUUUAAGCAAGUUAAGGUAAACAUUUCAGCGUCAGCGAGUGUGUGUGUGACGGAAGAACCUUGACAUCGCUUAGGCUUAAUGAUACACACUGAUGAUCGUUGCUAAGGCCUGGACUUAUGAUGCAACUGUUACGUCCAACAAAAUGUGGAUGUGCCUGCAAAGUUGCUUUUUAUAGUCAAUGAAAUAGUCGAUCGCAAGGCUGUUAUCAUCCCGCGAUGUAUAGCUUUGUCUUUUCGAUUCAUAGUUUUGUUACAGAAAAGGUUGUCCCUUGUGAGAAACUUUCUUGCCGGCAACUUUGAAUUCAAUGUUUCACCGUUAGUCCGAGCCUUUAACCACAUGUCGGUGCGUUGGUGUAACCUUUUUUAACCCUUUCUCUAGUCAAAAAAGCUCAUGCACUAUAACCUUUAGUCUCCCUCGCUUCCGUUUUUAGUGUCGGUGGUCACGCAACGCUCGGGAGCGUUGCGUGACGACCGACACUAAAAACGGAUGCGAGGGAGACUAUAUAACCUUCCCUCAAGCUUCUUUAUGAGCUUUUUUGAGCCUCACAGUUCUUGCAUGCACUGUUUGACGGGCGAUGUCUUGGAAAAAAAUAUGGCAAGCAGGCUCCUUCCUAUGAAUAAGUGGCGCCCAAAAAUUUCUUUUCAAUGCUCUAAACUUUUACCCGCUAUAGGUCGUAGUCUUUCCUUUAGUUUAGAGUAUAAUUAUAUUUGCAACGCCCUUAUUGACCGUGAAGUACACUACUAGCAUUGAGAGGAUGUUGCACCGUGUUUCCAGUACGAGGACAUGAGAGUGAGAUGUGACGUCUUUCGUGGAUAUCGGUACUUGUGCUUCAUGAAAAAAUAAGGUCUUAAAAUAGGGUCCAUUCUACUUGAGCAUCAUGUUCCCACUCUCAGAAAAGACAAGUCAAAGGGAAUUUUUAUUCAGUAAAACGAUACCAGGUCUCUGAUAAGUCGGCCGCUAAUUUCUUGUAUAUACUGAAACUGGUAUAACUGUAGUGUUUUGGGACUCAUUAGUGGCAUCGUGUGUAUCUAUUUGUGAGAUAAACAAAACGGAGUGGAUGUUUAGUGUGCGUGUUUUUUUUUUCCUGUCGUGGUGUGUUGUAAUCCAAUAGCAGGUUCUAAAUCUUGCGCUCAUGUGUUCUUAUAUAUCCCUUACAAAUCAGUAUAGCAGUAACAACAACAAGACAAUUAUUAUUAUAUAUAAAUAUAAAUAUGUAAAAGCUUAGCUGCAAAAUAAGUAUUGGAAUCUCCCAGAGACCACAUAAUUAACUGUUAAGUGUAAUUUGGUGUAUUUAAAGAUCAUAUGAUUAAUAGAUUUCUAGGGAGUUUCAGGCAGUGUUAGGAUUGAAAAAGCUUGAAGUUCGUCUAUCUUUUCUUGUUUUCUUCGACAUGCUUUGCUUUUCGUUACACUAUAAACAGUCUUGUUUGCGCGAGGAAGGAAAUUCUGUUGCGCUUUAUUUCAUCGCAAUAUUCAGUCUUCGUAGGCUCCUUUCUUCAUGCAUUCGUUAUUUUUCCUUUUGUUGCUUGACUAAACCUUUCCUGUUGAAAUUACACGCGCCAUAGGUUGGUGGCAGCGCUAGGAUAUCAUUUUUUAUUUCUCUACCCCUAAAAGAAUGUGGCGUUUUCGAACCCGUUUAUUUAAGUUGGGCUUAAAGCUCGAUAUGUUUAUUUUUUUGAACCAAACCGUCGAAUUCUGUUUUAAAAGGUGUGCUUACGCUAGGAAUGAAAAAUACACAGCGUAUCCAUAGAUUUAUCAGGGUUUUCCGAGUGCGAUGCAGUGUCAAGAAGGCAUAGGUUUAAUCUGGAGUGCGAUACUCUGAUGUUUAACAACACAGCUUUUAAAACAGGACCAAUAUCUGUCAUUCUUUCUUCCUUUUUUACUAAAAGAAAUAGAAAAGUUUUUAAACUUUUUGAAUCAUAUUUUUAUUUUUAUUUCGCGUAGUUUUAAUCUUCUGUUACUCUUAAGAAGUACUUACCUGGAUAACGUAAAUAUAAAAAUAAAAAAGUUCAGUGAAGUUAAACUUU